AUGUCAGCAAUUAUGUACUCAUGCUUCAUGAGAAAGUACCUGAGCAGUUCUGGCCGCGGGUUGGAGCGCGUGUAUCCGAGGUAGAUGAUCCUGUGUGUAUUAGUCAAAGUGCCUUCUGCGCCAGGGCUCGUACAUAGGGAUGUAGGUGUAGUGCAAAGUGACCCUGGAGAACUCGAUGAGGGUAGCAAGACGCUCCCUUGUCUCGUCUGAGAGUCUGAACCAGCUGGCCAUUGGAUGUCGAUGUUGCGUCGAGAGGAUGAAGGGCGAAAAUGUUGAAGAGGACGACGACCAACCAGGUACGACUACUGUACUACUACUCACAGGUAGACACCCAUAGUUGGAGCAGGGGAUCAUGGCGCAGCCCUUCGCCAUCGCAUCGCUCUCUCCCAACAGACCAGCUCUGACUAGCACCGCAUCCACAUCGUCGCCCAAUGCACGCCCAGACAUUUACGCGCGCAACCUACAACGCACGGCAAAGCAAGAAACAUCCCUCUCUGCCCUCGCUUUUCUCUUCUCUGCUCUUGUUCAACAGCUCCAUAAGACAUGCACAGGUGUGCCUGAACUAGAACGGAAACUCGCAGACCACGGGUACCGCGUCGGUGUGCGCGCCCUCGAUCUUUCUUGCUGUCGUGACCCAGCGCGUUCAAGGAAGCGCGAACAUAGACUACUUGGCAUGCUACAGUGGGUCUCAGGGACUCUCUGGAGAUCACUCUUCAAUAAGCCAGCGGAUGCGCUUGAACAGGCCCGCGAUGCGAGUGACGAGUACAUGAUUUAUGACAAUGCACCACUUGUUUGUUCCUUCAUCAGUACACCCAAGGAGUUGGGUGCUCUCUCUUGUGCAGCUUUUAUUGCUGGCAUCCUGGAGGGCUGUCUCGAUGCUGCUGGUUUCCCUUGCAGCGUGACAGCUCAUGCAGCAGCAACGCCAGAGUUGCCAUUGAAGAGCGUCUUCCUCAUCAAACUCGAUGCUUCCGUCAUGCAGCGGGAGGCCUUCUUGAGCUAAAAAUCAUGAUGAAGCAUGCAAUGAGGACAACUUGUGGUCUACAUCUAGCUACAACAAAAUUCAAGCAGCUUUUUCUGCUGGUGCACCUUCAGAAAAGACAUCCACAUACCGACCCUUGGCGCGCGGCUUGCGUCUGUUUGGCAUCGUUGCACUCCCACGCAAAGGCAUAUCGUCUUCCUCCCCAACAGCUGUUGACGGCGGUGUCCCACCCCCGGGAGGACCAGCACC